AUGACGUCCAACGUCCCUUUGUGCGAAAACGACCAAAGCGAUAGGCAAACGACAUCCGCUACACAGCCAGCUGCCACUCACAACCCUCCCGCUUCUGGAGGAAACAUUCUUGGCCUUCCGAACGAGAUUGUUCAAGAAAUCGCCAGCUUCCUCCCAACAGAUCACGAUGUCCUUCGAUUCUCUCGGACAUGCAGAGAUAUGUGGGCCAAAGUCUUCGCCCCGGAGUCAGUUGUCUGGCGAGCCCUAUUCACCAGAUGCUACGAUGUUCCAUCUGUCAAAGCCUCAAGCGAGCUCAGGCACGAGUAUCAAACUCGUGCCAUCGUUCUGAGGGCAAAGUUCAACUUUGCAGAAAAAGAAGACGAUCGCCAGUAUCUCUGCAUGCAAGUUUUGAAAACGAUGCUCGAGGAAGCGAUCACCGUACAUCUUGAACAAGACUGUCACUCCAAGACCCUGGACCGACUGUAUGAGUCUCUCAAGUCUAUGAACCUUCUCAAGUACCCACGGAAAGAAGACCCAUCUGAGCUUUUCUUCGCCCUCCAGCUGUGCUUGACUCCCCUUGCCCUUGACUCGACAGUCACACAGGCAUGCCACCGUACCGACUACAACCUCGCUACCAUUUACUCGUUCGCUGAAGAGUUGGGCGAGCCCUACAUUGAUCAUGUUAAUCUAGGCCUUGAGAAAGUGCUGCAAAUGAGAAGCUUUUGGCAGCGUCACUUGCUGACCGCAUCUGAGCUAACCUACAGCGAGGCCUUCGCAUCUCUUCCAGCGUACAUGAAGCCCCAGGUUCGAAAGCUCGACCCGGACGAUGGCUGCAGACUGAGCACCUCGUGGCUGGGGGUUUAUUCUUGCUUGCACCCGCUACCCGAAACUCGGGAGGAAUUUGAGCUACUCAACCGGCAAACAUGCGCAGACUUGGAGACCCACGUCGAUGUGAUCGACGUUAUGACCCUCAAACUCAAGGUUAAACCCAAUGCCGACGUUUUCUGGCCCCAGAUCUGCAGAGAGAUCAUUCCCCUCGUUGGGCCUGAGAUUCGCCGCGUGUACUUUGAGGGAAAGCAGAACAUUCACGGCAUCACUGAUGAGGACAACACAAUCUUUGGAUUCACCGAGGAUAUCGACGUCACUUACGGGGAACUCAGUGGCUGGACCCGUAUCUGCUUCACCAUCUGGCAGGGCGACACCAGCGUCAAUUAUGCUGCAUUUCGCACAGCAAUGGCGGACGCUGAGUGGGUUCACUCCUACGAGGCCCUGAUCAUCCCCGGAGGAGGAGUGAUGCUGGGGCGCUGGGUGGACACGAAGGACCAGACUGGCCGGGGCCCUUUUAUUUUCUGGGACGUGUGA